GCGAGCCUGGGAGAGGUUGAAAAAGGCGCCCUGAGCUGCAGGAAACAGGCCGCCCUGGGGGCCCGAGUGGCUGCCGCGCGGGCUGUUCGCGGGUGAGCGCGCUGGGAGGGGCUCGGCCGGACACCUGUACUCGCCCCACCUCGCUGCGGCGGGACUUGAAUCGAGGGACGGCGUGACUGACGGGACUUCAGGCAGGAUGUAGUGGCUUCCUGUGAGCAGGUGAAGCAAAAAAUUUAUUGCCCUAUCUUGGACCCCACAAAAUGAGAGAUUGUUUCUGUACUAUAAAUUUGGACCAGGAAGAAGUUUAUCGUACCCAAGUUGUGGAAAAAUCUUUAAGUCCAUUUUUCAGUGAAGAAUUUUACUUUGAGAUUCCAAGAACUUUCCAGUAUUUGUCUUUUUAUGUUUAUGAUAAGAAUGUUUUACAAAGAGAUCUUCGUAUAGGAAAAGUAGCCAUCAAAAAAGAAGACCUGUGUAAUCACAGUGGCAAAGAAACCUGGUUUUCAUUACAGCCUGUUGACUCCAAUUCAGAGGUUCAGGGUAAAGUUCACCUUGAAUUAAAACUGAAUGAACUGAUAACGGAGAAUGGAACUGUAUGCCAGCAGCUUGUUGUACACAUCAAGGCAUGCCAUGGGUUGCCUCUCAUAAAUGGCCAAAGCUGUGACCCUUAUGCAACAGUUUCUCUAGUGGGCCCUUCUAGGAAUGACCAAAAGAAGACAAAAGUAAAGAAGAAAACAAGCAAUCCACAGUUUAAUGAAAUCUUUUAUUUUGAGGUAACCAGGUCCAGUAGUUACACCAGAAAGUCCCAGUUCCAGGUAGAAGAGGAGGACAUUGAAAAGCUAGAAAUCAGGAUUGACUUAUGGAACAAUGGAAACCUGGUCCAAGAUGUUUUCCUAGGUGAGAUCAAGGUUCCUGUGAAUGUAUUAAGAACUGAUUCCUCUCAUCAAGCCUGGUACUUGCUACAACCAAGAGACAAUGGAAACAAGUCAUCCAAAACUGAUGACCUGGGGUCUCUUCGAUUAAAUAUAUGUUAUACAGAAGACUGCGUGCUUCCUUCAGAGUACUAUGGUCCUUUGAAAACUUUGCUGCUAAAAUCACCAGAUGUUCAACCAAUAUCUGCCUCAGCUGCUUACAUUUUGAGUGAAAUAUGUCGAGAUAAAAAUGAUGCUGUUUUGCCCCUUGUACGACUGCUGCUGCACCAUGAUAAACUUGUUCCUUUUGCCACUGCUGUGGCUGAAUUAGACUUGAAGGAUACACAAGACGCAAACACAAUUUUUAGAGGAAAUUCCUUGGCUACCCGAUGUCUGGAUGAGAUGAUGAAAAUAGUGGGAGGGCACUACCUGAAAGUAACAUUAAAACCUAUUCUAGAUGAGAUAUGUGACUCCUCAAAAUCCUGUGAAAUCGAUCCUAUUAAAUUGAAAGAGGGAGAUAAUGUAGAAAAUAAUAAGGAAAAUCUGCGCUACUACGUAGACAAGUUAUUCAAUACAAUUGUAAAAUCAAGUAUGAGCUGCCCCACUCUAAUGUGUGAUAUCUUUUAUUCUCUGAGGCAGAUGGCUACUCAGAGAUUUCCCAAUGACCCUCAUGUUCAGUAUUCUGCAGUGAGCAGCUUUGUAUUUCUUCGUUUCUUUGCUGUAGCCGUAGUAUCACCUCAUACUUUUCAUUUGCGACCUCAUCAUCCAGAUGCACAGACAAUUAGAACAUUAACUCUCAUCUCAAAAACUAUUCAGACUUUGGGAACCUGGGGGAGUCUAUCCAAAAGCAAGUCAAGUUUCAAAGAGACAUUCAUGUGUGAAUUUUUCAAAAUGUUUCAAGAAGAAGGAUAUAUUAUAGCAGUUAAAAAGUUCUUGGAUGAAAUUUCAUCUACUGAAACUAAAGAGUCCAGUGGUACGAGCGAGCCUGUGCACCUGAAAGAAGGUGAGAUGUAUAAAAGAGCUCAGGGAAGAACUCGAAUUGGAAAAAAGAAUUUUAAGAAACGAUGGUUCUGCUUAACAAGCAGAGAGCUCACCUACCACAAACAGCCAGGUAAGUUCAUUGAACGCAAAGAUGCAAUCUAUACAAUUCCAGUAAAAAACAUUCUUGCUGUGGAAAAACUGGAAGAGAGCUCUUUCAACAAGAAAAAUAUGUUCCAAGUAAUACAUACGGAGAAACCACUCUAUGUCCAGGCGAAUAAUUGUGUAGAAGCUAAUGAAUGGAUAGACGUACUCUGCAGGGUGAGCCGAUGCAAUCAAAACAGGCUCAGUUUUUAUCAUCCCUCUGCAUAUAUAAACGGAAACUGGCUCUGCUGUCAGGAGACCAGUGAAAACACUCUCGGCUGCAAGCCAUGUACUGCUGGUGUCCCUGCAGACAUCCAAAUAGAUAUUGAUGAAGACAGAGAAACAGAAAGAAUUUAUUCCCUUUUUACCCUCAGUUUACUUAAGCUGCAGAAGAUGGAAGAGGCUUGUGGAACUAUAGCAGUCUAUCAAGGACCACAGAAGGAGCCUGAUGAUUAUUCUAACUUUGUAAUCGAGGAUUCUGUAACAACCUUUAAGACAAUUCAGCAAAUAAAAAGUGUAAUUGAGAAGCUGGAUGAACCUCAUGAAAAAUAUAGGAAGAAAAGAUCCAGUAGUGCAAAAUAUGGGAGCAAGGAAAAUCCAAUUGUUGGGAAAGCAUCUUAGAGUUUAACAGAUUGGUUCAGAAGAACUGGAAAAUAUUGUUUUUCUUGGAGCUUUUCAAGUCAUCAUAUAUUUCGUUCAUAGUAUUUAAGAAUGAAAAUUCGCUUCAAUGUCAUCUGCCUCCACAUCAUAUUUAAUAUUUAAUAAUUGAAAUUAAUUGUUUGGGAAUCCUGGUAGUGAUGUAUAACUAGAGAAUUUAAAGCCCAAGAUUCCCUUCAUACCUGUGUGACCCAAUCCAUGUUUCUGAAACUUAUUUUUAAUCAAAAGAAUCUUCCUAGAAAAGCUUUUUAACAAAGGGAGAACUCCUCCGUAGCAAGAAACCGUCUCUUCUUGUAACACUCUGUUCUGUGGACUUGUUUUCACUACCAUCAGUGCCUGCUCUAUACUGCCAACAUUGUGUUUUACUAGAAAAUUUCAGUUCAUGACAGUUCAGAGCUUUUCAUUUAGUUCAUGUUUUUUUUUUUUUUUUUUUUUUGUUCUUUAAAAAAGAAAAAAAAGAAAUGUUUUUCCUUUGGUCCAUCAGUCAUUACAGGUUCCAAUCAAGGCAGUGAUAGAAACUUUAGAAAACUGGCAGAGCAUCCUUGAAAGCUGGUAGAUCCUUUUGCCUGUUUAAAGAUGUAAACAAAACUCAAGACGGGAGGAAUCAGGGAAUAUGUGCUAUUGUGUGCAUCUUGUUUACAUUUGGGAUCAAUGAUGGCAAAUGAAGUAAUGAGACCACUAAAAUUGUUUUUAUUGUUUUAAAUACCAGGUACUCAUUUUCUUGAUUUGAAAGUUUAACCUGACUUCUAAGGACAUCUCUUCUGAAAAGGAAAGUAAACAGGGAACGAAAGUGGUGGGAAAAUCACUUGACUUCACCUGCUAUUUCAUCUUGUAAUAAGGGCCACCAUAAGGAUGCCCUCCUCAUAGUGUUAGGUUCUGAUCUUUCUCGAGAACAGUCACUCGGCGCACUUUAAUAAUCUGGACUGCUCCAGAUUAUACUUUAGAUACUCUGUGGUAUCUAAUCUUUAUGAUCAGUUGAAUGAUCAGUGUUUAAGUCUAGAAAUAAUGCUUUCCUGAAAACUGUUUAUAUUUCAUUGCUGUUUCCUUAUUGCCUGCUAGCCAAAUAGAAUUUGGCCAAGCAACUGUUUGAAGACUUUUUCCCCAGAAAUGUCCUUUUGUCCUAAAAACCCUAACUGUAAAUAAACAGUCGAAGCAAGUUGCCACCUUGAAGUUGAGGGAUACACUUUGCUUCAUCAGUAUUAAAAACCAUGGUACUCUUUAUUUUUGUCUUUUUUUAUUCAAAAUAUUUUCUAAAUGUGGUACUUUGAACCUUGGAGUAUUUACAUGUUUCUGUUCAAAACUGUGACUUAUUAUUGUAAGUCUACUAGUAGUGCUUUUUUUAGUUUCCCUGAGCAUAAGCUAUAUUUCAAGAUACACUUUGCCAAUUAUCUUAUUGGUGGGUAAUCAUUUUUAAAUUAUAUUGUUAUUAGGUAAUUAUUUUUAAAGACUACUGGCAUACAAUCAAAGUUGUUCCAUAAAAUAUUAUAACUGAGCAAUGUGUUUCUCUAAAUGACUUGUAAAAAUCAAUGAGUUAUGUUUAAGUCUGCAUUAUGGUAGAUUAUUACUCCUGGCUCCUUUUAAAGACAAG